AACAGCAGUGUAAUUGUAAAUGUACACACACACACACAUCGAUCACGCAACAGCUAGCCUCAUCCAGGGCUAGAAUUGACGGAUGACAAACAAAUAAUAUGACAAUCAGUCCAUAUUCUACAAUCCUCAUGUGACUAUAAUCACUGUCAUUUCCUCUUCAUUUCCCUCUACGAAUAACCAAAGAACAAAAUGGACAAUCUUCUUAAGAACCUUGGCGGAGUGACACUGAAAUCUCUACUGGAGAAUCCGAGUCUUUUGCAGCCUCCGCAGUUGGCUUCCCUCCACCUCGACGACGGACUACCUGCCGCUGCUAUGGCCGCUGCGGCCACCCUUGAAAGUGUCGCUGCGGACAACGUCACUAAGGAAAAAGAACGCAUUACCAGCAGCAUGACCGCCAAAGAACUUCUUGAGAAAAAAGUAAAGGAAGUCGAAGGCGACUUCUUUGCACCGACAGAUUUUGGAGCAGCUUUCUUGGGACCCAACUUAUGGGACAAGACGUACGGUGAUGAUGAUUUCAACUUCAAACUGGAAUACAUGGAGUUAGAUGAGUUUCUAUCCGAGAACGGCCUCCCAAUGAGCUCUGUGGAUAAUGUGUUGACAAUUGAGCAACAAAAGGAAGAGGACAUUUCUAAGAAGGACUGCGAGGAAGUAGAUUCUAAUGUCUCCGAUGUGAACUAUCAAAGCGAUUCUGAAAUUCCAGAAUCUUUAGAACCAUCUAAUUCGCACCAUGCCGCUGGUACACCGAGCCCGAUUAAUGUGGAUGUUAACUUUGACAUGGAUGCUACUGAUGCUGCCCUAGCAACAGUCCCGGGUCAAGACGUCUAUGAUCCUCGUACUAGAACCUUCUCAGAAGAGGAACUGAAGCCUCAACCCAUGAUCAAGAAAUCUCGCAAGGUGUACGUUCUUCCGGACCAAAAGGAUGACAAAUAUUGGGACAGACGUAAAAAGAACAACAUCGCUGCCAAACGCUCACGGGACGCCAGGCGUAUCAAGGAGAAUCAGAUCAGUAUGAGAGCAGCGUUCUUGGAGAAAGAGAACAAUGUCUUGCGGAAGGAGCUAUUGGCAGUCAAGAAAGAUAAUGUCAACCUUAAAGGAAUCGUCAAGAGCUAUGAAAGAAAGCUUGGAAUACAGUGAUCAUGAAAACAAAAAGUUGCAAAAAAAUGUCAAGAGGAGAUCUUAGUGCAGCAGGACUUGAGAGUUUUUAUCUUGAAAGAGUAGACAUGACUCUUUGUAAAUUAAGAGUGACUUGCAUGUACCUCAUUUCUACCCAGAAGAACUUGUAAGAUUGAUAAAGUGAUUGCUUGGCAUGUUUUGUUCAGGUUUCAGAAGAAGGAACAAAUUGCAGUAUUACUCCCUCCUCUUUUCUCCCCCUACCCAAACUCCUCUAAAUUUAAUCUUUUAAAUUAAUUUUUUUUUUAUGUCUGGCUGUAGUAAAGAUGUUUUUUGUUACUGAGCAUUGCACACAGAUCACUGUAUGUCUAUGUAAGUUUUAUUGCAAAAUUGUAAAGGUUUUUAUCAAUGAUUGAAGGUAUUGCAAAGUCAUAAACUUCUCUAGGUUAAUAUUGCAACAGCUAUCAUGUUGUUGGGUACUGGUGAAAAGCAACAGGGGGGGGGGGGGGUUGUUAACACUACACAAAAAUGUCUUAGUAUGGCCCCCCUAAUCAAUGACAGGACUUGGUAAAGUGUUUGCCUAAAGUUGUGGCUCUGUGCCAAGCUGUCAUUUAGGAAUGUGACCUUAUCUUUUGAUUCAGCUCUAAAAUAAUUAUACAAGGUGGGGAAAUUUUCACCUGAAACUUGAAGAAAUUUUUUACAGUAGGACAAAUAUUCGGUGUUGUAGUUGGCGUGGUCACGUUAAUGUUUGGACAAUAAAAAUGUAUAUUUCUGUAAAAAAAAAAAAAAAAAGACUCUCGUUAAGACUCUUGGAAAAUGUUUUUCUGAAAAUUCAUUGCAAAAAAAGAGAGCAAAAAACAGGUCUGUGGGCUCUUCCUCUUGUUUAAGAACAUUUUUUGAACUUGGUUUUGCCUUCACAUUGUAAAUAUUUGAAAAAAAAACAUAUACGCUUUAUGUUAGUACAUACUCUUAGUUAUUUUUUUGGAGAAGGACUUGGUAAGAUUUUGGGUUUCCUCAGACUUGUUGGUGUGUGUAAACCUUUUUGACCGGGUUUGGCUUUUGUAGACCAUUACUUGUUUUACCCCCACCACAGGUCUGGUGAGUCACUCUUAUUGUAUAUACUAUUAAAAGUGGUUUACAUUUACAUUAACCCUCCCACCAUUGGUGCCAUUUUGCUAGACAGUCGACCAAUCUUUAAAAUGCCCCAUACUGUCUGGUUUGAAUGUGAAUUUGACGAUUUAAACUUGUGCAUAUUUCUCAUCUGCAAUGCAAUGCAAUGCAUUAAACAAAAAAUAACAUUUUUUUGCAAUUCAUUGCUGUCAUGAAAGCAUGGUACCAGCAAAUUCUGUGUGCCAUAUGUUUUUGAACUGAUUAGAAUUAUUAGUAAAAAGUACAUGCUAUGAUUAAUUAGAUUCAAACAUUCUGCUUCUUCAAACAUUACAGGGAUUUAAAUGGAUCUUUUGUGAUAUAUAAAAGGGAUUUCAGUUAAAGCAGAUAAGAUAGUACAUCAUUGUGUUUGUUAAGUUGUUCUUCGUUUUGAGAGAUUACCAAACUUUCAUCCAGUUUUUAAUGAACACUUUACGGCCAACCUUUGUUCAAGUUUGAUUAAAAACACAGAAAAACAAUCAA